CGGCGGCCGGCUUCACAAGAAGAAAUGGAAUUGGAUUUUAAUCACUACAUCUGCCUUCCGCCUGCUACCUACAAAAUAGUUUGAUGCCGUGAGAUCUCUCACCCAACCUAUUCUCCCAAUUGCAGGCUUGACUGUUAAAGCUGCAAACAGCACAGGCUACGUGACGCAUCUUCACUUGAGGUUUUUAACCUGGCAUGGGUGUAUCAGGCUCCAAGUCUUCCUUUGCGGCUUUCCUCCUGGGCCUCAUUUCUGGCUUUUUUAGCAUCUUCUACCUUGUGCAAAAUGUGACAUGGGAAGGAUCCCUGCGUCAUGGCCUCCAGAUGCCACAUGGCUCCAAGGAUCUAGAAAGCGUGUUAGCUAAAUCAGGUCUUGUCAGUUCUGCACAUUUACUCAAAGCAGGUGAGUAUAACAGUGUGGCAGAUGAACUGUAUGACAAGGUGCGGAUUCUGUGCUGGGUGAUGACAGGGCCCCAAAACUUGGAGAAGAAAGCCUCCCACGUCAAGGCCUCUUGGACCCGUCAUUGCAACGUGGUCCUUUUCAUGAGUUCAGUGGAAGACAAAGACUUUCCCGCUGUAGGACUGGAUACCAAGGAAGGCAGGGACCACCUCUACUGGAAAACCAUCAAGGCUUUCCAUUAUGUGCACACACAUCACUUUGAGCAGGCCGACUGGUUCCUCAAAGCAGACGACGAUACCUUUGUGGUGCUCGAAAACCUCCGAUGGCUCCUCUCCAACUACUCCUCCGACAGGCCCAUCUAUUUUGGGAAGCGCUUCCGGCCCUUUGCCAAGCAAGGCUAUAUGAGUGGGGGCGGGGGCUACGUCCUGAGCAAGGAGGCCCUGCGUCGUUUCAUUGCGGGCUUUGCCACCAAGGUCUGCAGUCACACGUCGUCAGUAGAGGACCUGGCUCUGGGCCAGUGCAUGGAGAAGAUGGGCGUGGAAGCUGGCGACUCCCGGGACACGAGAAAGAGGGAGACCUUCCAUCCUUUUGUGCCCGAGCAGCACUUGACAGGGAAGGUCUCAAAAAGCUCCUGGUACUGGGCUUAUUGCUAUUAUCCUAUUAUGGAGGGACCUCAGUGCUGCUCUGACCUGGCUGUCUCUUUCCACUAUGUGAACUCAGAGUGGAUGUACACCCUGGAAUACCUCACUUACCAUCUGCGUGCCUAUGGUUACCGCUACCGCUACCAGCCACCUUUGCCUGAGAAUGCCACUCACCUUCAGCCCCAUCCACCCUUGGGGGAAAACCCUAAGAGAAACAGCAAUGCCUCUGAGCAGGGAAAGUUGUAAGAACCGAGUGCAAGUUCACAGCAAACCCAUCCAGGCUUUUGCAGAUGGUGAGGCUUGUCAGUGCCUCAAUCCUGGUGGCCUGUAUGGUUUAUAGCGUGUUUUAUAGUAAAGUAAGUGCCUUCUUCCUGGAAAGGAGAGAAAUAAAUAUGUCCCAAGAUCGGGUCAUUUUCUCAUUCCCUAAUCUCUGUUGCUAAUCUCUGUGGGACGCGAUGGCUCAGUGGGUAAGAGACGCUGAGCUUGUCAAUUGAAACGUCGGCAGUUCGGCGGUUCGAAUCCCUAGUGCCACAUAACGGAGUGAGCUCCCAUUACUUGUCCCAGCUUCUACCAACCUAGCAGUUUGAAAGCACGUAAAAAAUGCAAGUAGAAAAAUGGGGACCACCUUUGGUGGGAAGGUAAUGGUGUUCUGUGCACCUUUGGUGUUGAGUCAUGCCGGCCACAUGACCACGGAGACAUCAUCAGACAGCGCUGGCUCUUCAGCUUUGAAAUGGAGAUGAGCACUGCCCCCUAGAGUCAGGAAUGACUAGCACGUAUGUGCGAGGGGAACUUUUACCUUUUUAAUCUCUGUAUAUGCCCACUAGCCAAAAGGAAGGAUGUUAUUGAAGAAGCUUUGUUGUUUUGUUGUUCCUGAAAGGGCAUGAGAAGAAGGCAGAAUUUGGCCAAACAUGAUGCUGCUUUUAUCCAUUCCUUCUUUGCCCUUGUUUCUGAUGCCAACCAACCAGUCCUAUCGCCCUGUACAUGGUGUGUGCUGGGUUAAAAAGCCGAGAGUUUGGCUUUUUAAGCAGUGGGGCGGAAUUUCCUGCCAUUGAGUGACAAGGAAGAAGAUUGUGAAGAUGCAUGGAAGGAACGUCUUGGAAAGUGGGAUCGUUUCAUGUCUUCCCUAUCCAAACAUAACUGCACCAUAAGCAAAGAGGUACCAUAUCAUACAAUAGGCAGUAUUUGGCUAUUGGGAACAAGUCAGAACCCUGUCUGGACACUUGAGAGACAAGCUAGAAAUAGGGCAUUAAGUCUACCAGGUCACACGAAUGCGACAUCAGCAGUUCCAGUCCACUGAAGGAUUCAGCCUAUAAUAAGACAUUCCGCCGAUGGUUUUUUUCAUGAUCCAGGGUGAAUUGCAGUGACAAGGAUUUCUGUUUAAAGGAAGAUAAUGGAAACAAAGCAAUGGAAAAUGCUGCCAAAAAGACUGCAGGGGCAUUUGUCAAGAAUCAAAAUUGACUUGGACAGGUUUUUUUUCCCUACAUCACCCCUGACUGCCCAACAACUGACUAGCAUGCAGGCAGCAACCAAUCCCGCAGUUAGUUAUGUCUUCAGCCUCCUUAUUGCCUGUACUCCCAUGCCUGCUAUUGAAGGCUAACACGAUGGCUUAGGGCAGUGGUUCUCAACCUUUAUAGUGCUGCGACCCCUUUAAUACAAUUCCCCACGAUGUGGCGACCCCAACCAUAAAAUUAUUUUCAUUUUGAAUUUAUCGUGCCUGAAGCCGUAUUGGCUAGCGAUCUGAACUGCUUGCGAUUGCCUUGAGGACGGAGGCAUUAAAGCGGAGACUCCUCCCCUAUUAAGUUUAUCGCGCCUGAAGCCAGAUUAGGCUAGCGAUUGGGAGUGAUUGCAGCUGGCUUGAGAGGGAGACAUCAGAGCAAAGAUUUCUCUCUUUUUUAAUUCAUCGCGCCUGAAGCUGAAUUCGGCUAGCGAUUUGAAGAGCCUGCAGCUGGCUUGUGGAGUCAACCAUUGGAGCGCGAUUCUUCGACUUGCAAGUAUACUUCCCAUAUUUCCGAUGGUCUUAGGUGACCCCUGGCAAAUCGUCAUUCGACCCCUAAUGGGGUCCCGACCCACAGGUUGAGAACCACUGGCUUAGGGGCUAAGAUGCUGAGUUUGUUGAUCAAAAGGUCGGCAGUUCAGCGGUUCAAAUCCCUAGUGCCGCGUAACAGGGUGAGCUCCCGUUACUUAUCCCAGCUUCUGCCAACCUAGUAGUUCAAAAGCACGUAAAAAAUGCAAAUAGAAAAAUAGGGACCACCUUUGGUGGGAAGGUAACAGCGUUCCGUGCGCCUUUGGCGUUUAGUCAUGCCGGCCACAUGACCACAGAGACGUCUUGGGACAGCGCUGGCUCUUUGGCUUUGAAACGGAGAUGAGCACCGCCCCUAGAGUCGGGAACAACUAGCAUAUAUGUGUGAGGGGAACCUUUAUCUUUUUAACUUUCUAUAUGAGUCCCCGUCCGUGUGAAGCUUCUGCAGUAGAGUUAAUCUCACACUAUGAGAGUCUGUUUAUGCCAGUAACAGAUAGUUCUGGAGACAGGAGAUGCCCACCUUGUGUGAGUAUUACUCAUCCCUGAUACCGGGCUCAAUCUGAAGUAAUAACCAAGUGCUUUUCAGUUUUCUAACUGGGAAACAUCUGAUGCUUCCAAGCAUCCCCACUGGCAGUUAUUGACCUAUAAUAGUCGGAGUUCUAUUUUUGAUAAAUUGAUCCGUGUUGUGAAAAAUUAGAACAUAUUUUUAGAAGUCCAAAAAGAAUGGAAAGUACGUCCACUUCCACCGAUAUCCAAAACAAGGCUGUAGCCAAAAAGAAUCUUCUGGGAAAUGUAACAACUAUUGCUUCUCAUCUGACUUCCUUCUGGAAGGCAGAGAUGACUAAAGCAGAGGUCUCCAACCUUGGCAACUUUAAGCCUGGCGGACUUCAACUCCCAGAAUCUCCCAGAAACUGGACUAAAGCAUUGAUCGGUCCUUCCUGUAAUGUGCUGAAAAGACCCAUAUGGAGAUGCAGAGAUGCCCAGCAUCCAAGUCUCUUCAUGAAGGGAGGUCUGAAAUUAGAGCAGGCAGCUAAUGAAACUCCCACUCCCACUCUAUGACCAUACGCUGCCAAAGCUGUGAGUUUUGAAUUCAUCCUGAUAAGUUGAGGUGGUGGACCAGACUCAAUAUUUAAUAACUGUGAAAGUUUCUCAGGACUUAAGAGAUGUUGAUAGAUUGUCCUAUUCCUUUUUAACUCUUUCUGAUGUGGUGGAUGAUGAUAUAUUAUUCUAUUGGUUUGUAUAAGGCUCUGGGGGAGGGGGGAUUGUACAGUAUCUGUUCCUAUUUACAGGUUGGAAUUAAAAUUAGCCAUUUUUGUAUAUUGGAAUAAAUGGAACCGUUGGUCAUAUGGAACUAAAAUUCUGUUUGUUUCAAUGUCAACACAAAGUUAGACUCUAACCGUUUGAGUGCAUUUCCCUAACCCCAGGGGUGAAAUCCAGCAGGCUCUGACAGGUUCUGGAGAACCGGUAGCGGAAAUUUUGAGUCGUUUGGAGAACCGGCAAGUACCACUUCUGGCUGGCCCCAGAGUGGGAUGGGACUGGAG